CGUUCUCCGAUUCGCGUGGGUGUGAACUACUUUUCUCUGAGAGUACCGCCAAGUUGGUGAAAGAAUUUCAUUUGGUUGAGAAGAAUUCAGCUUGCGGAAACAUGUAUAAUCGUGGUGUGAAGAGAGAUGCUUUCGGUAAUCGAAACUUCAACAACCAAAGAAUGGGUGGCGGUGGUGGUGGCGGAAGUGGCGGAGGAAGGAGUGGAAACAUGGGAGGGGGUAUGGGUGGUGGAAUGGGGGGUGGUAAUAUGGGAGGGGGUGUUAACCCUUGGGAAAGCGGAAUGAUGCCCGGAAGAGGAAUUCUCCCAACUCCAAAUAACAAUCUCUCCUUGGCUUCUCCGCAAGCUCAACUCGCCAUUGCCAGCAACCUUCUAUCUAAUAUUUUACGGACUCAGCAAGAGUCUCAGCCACAGGUGCCGUCACUGUUGAGCCUGGGAAACAACUACAGUGGUCCAGGACAAAAUUACAACAAUCAACAAAGCUAUCAACAAGGACGAUACAAUGAUCGUCCAGUGCGUCAAAACAUGAAAAACCAACGACCACAGCCGUAUAACAAGAUGGGCAAUAAUCGAGCCCGUGACGGAGCCACUUCUGGGCGACGCGGCCCAUCCGCACAACACUCUCGUGCAUCCGGCAACCAACGUAUCAAUGGCAGCCAAAAUCAACAUCGCAACGAUAAAUCUUCUAAAGCAAAUGCUGCCUCUAAAAAUCAGGGCGCCAAAAAGGAACAGCAGGGAGAUAAGAGCAAUAAGGCCUCUGAUAAGACAAAAGAAAAGGCAGAAACAUCUGUCGCCGAAAGUCAAGACAACGAGGAGUCUGCUGAAAAUAAGAAGCGUGAUUGGAAUGAAGAACGAAAAGAAGGUGACUCAGCUGUAAAAUCUGAAGAAAGCCAAGAUGAAGCCAAGGAAGCUGAUGCUAAAUCAGAUUCAAAGGAAAAUAAGGAGAAUAAAGACGACGAGAAUAAAGAUGGAGAGAACAAGGACUAUGAGGAUAAGAAGGAUGCCAGUGGAAAACCUCCUGUUAAGAAAUCAGAAGCUAGACACGCAGAAAGUCGAUACGCAGAUGUUCCUAUGAGCCACAUGUUCUGUCAUGUUUGCAAUAAGCACAUGUGGGAUGGAUCGUCAUUUGAAAAUCAUCUUCGUGGACGUGCUCACAAGCUAAUGAUGGAGAAACUCGAUGAAUCUUACAAACUAAAAGUAGAUUUGAUGAGACAUGAUUUGAGAGUCACAGAGGAGCAACGUGAGCUUAGCUUGACUAACUCGAAGCGUCGAGGAAGAAAGGUUGGAAUUGAUUUAAACGUUCGAGAAUAUUGCACCAUGUGUGACUUAAAUUUCUACGGCACAUUAUCGAGUCAUCGUAAGAGCGAGAAACAUCAGCAACUGAAAACUUUCCUUCAUCCGAGAUGUACUGCCUGUGUUAAAGAAUUUCCAUCACGCAUUGAGUACGAUGAACAUUGUCUUACACCUCAGCACAUGAAGAACGCAGUUCAGAACGAGGAACAACGGAAAGGCAACAAGAAGAAAGACAAACUUGCGAAGGGCGAAUCAGAGGUCCGCACGGCCGAAGAUGAAGACAAAGAUGUCGGGACUGAGUCGAAGAACGACAAACCAGAAGAAACGCCAGAAAAUGUGGAUUAUGUUACCGACAUUGACGAGGCCACAAAGGAAAAUAUUACUAAUUUGAAAACACCAUCCUAUAAAUACUGCCGCCAGAAACAAGUUUGUGUUGGAAAAUCUAUGGUGAAAGAAGUACAAGGAUUUUAUUGUGAAAAAUGCCGUCGUUUUAUGCUUUUACCCGAGGACAUGGCUUCUCAUUUACGCACCAUUACUCAUUAUCGAAACUUCGUUCAAGAAGUGAAAGCACUAACAACAGCAGCCACUGCUGAAGCAGAAAAGCUGCAAACGAAAGAAGAAUCUGAUGCUCCUAAUGAUACGUCCGCUACUGAACCGGAAGAAUACGAGGGCAACUGGAAACGACGCAAAGUCGCGCACUCCGAUGAUGAAGAGAAUGCAGAUCAAAAGAAACCCGAAGCCAGCGAAGAUCAAAGCGAAGAAGAUCCGAAAAAAAUCGAAGAAGAAGAUAAGUAUGAUCCAAUAGAAGCAGAAAAUGAGUCUGAGGAAGAAGAGGCCCCUGCAACUGAGGAAGCAAAGGUUGAAGAAGCUGUGGAAGGCGAAGAAGGGGAACAACAAAACGACGAAGAUCCGAAGGCCAAGGAUGACAAAGUUGAAUGGAGCGAGGGAGAAAACGAAUUUGAGUCAGAAGUUGGUAACCUAAUGGACGAUACCAUGGAUGAUAAGGAGGUUGCAGAACAAGACACAUCAACUAAAUCUGACAAAACUGAUACUCCAAAGACAGCAGCAGCUGCAGCAGCUGCUAGAGGACGUCCUAAUCAACGUGCCCGUGGACAAAGAGCGCGAAGAUCUCGUCGAUAAGUUCAUAAUUCUAAAUGAUCUCUUUUUUACUCUCUUGAUGCAAGUCUUUUAUUUGAAAUCAUGCAUGUUUGAUACAGGAAUGUACAAACUUGAAAAGUAUUCGAUAUUUUCAGCAAUUUCAUGUCACGUGUAUUUUGUUUAUAACUCCUGAAUUAAUUGCAAUCACAAUUGUAACUUAGGCAUGUCGUGCAUUGCUUCCGAAGUAGUUAAAACUAGCCUUUGCGGAAGAAUACGAAAUAAAAUUCGUCAUUUAAGACAAUUUGUUUCAGAAUACUUAGUAGUGUUUUUGGAUUGCAAUUUAGUCGGAAGUAUCUUGUCCUUAUAUUUAUAAUAAAAACAUAGCUCUUAACGUAAAGUUUUGUACAUGAUGAUUUGAUUUUUGAAUUUAAAUAACCAAUACAUUUUGCAGCUUGCACUCACUGCGUUUUUAUUUUGUAUAACUUGCAUCUGUUUUUGUCGUGGAUUUCCGCGGAUUUUUAUAUCCACAUAAUCUUCGGCAUUAUAUUUAUCAAAGUAAUGGAAGUCAUACGUAUGUUCCAAUCCAGGAUUCAGUUAGUUUCGCACAUCAUUUAUAGUAUGUAUGUUUUGGUAAAAAUUCGAUAUCGUCUAUGUCUUGCAAGCAAUAAAGAUGGUAUAUUGAUGACAGUUUCCAUUCCAAUAAUGCAUAUUUGUGUUAAUAAUCUUUCAGUAUGUAGUAUUAUACAUAUGUAACGAUAUAAUAAAGCAUCUUACUGA